CGGCGCAAGGCCAAUGACAAGUAGUCCUUCAUCUCUUCAUUGCCAUGAAGAAGCCGAUCUGGGUCCAGUGACCUAUGAGGAGGUGGCCGUGCACUUCACCCAGGAGGAAUGGGCACUGCUGGAUCCUGACCAGAGGGCCCUCCACCAGGAGGUCAUGGAAGAGAUCUGGCAAAUGGUAUCCUCUCUUGAUAAAUGGAGGGAGAAAAAGGUAUGCCCCGGAUAUGAAAAGACGUGUACACACAAAUUAGAGGUUGCAGGACACCCGAGAACACACAGACAAGAAACCUGUACCCAAGAGAAGCCAUACAAAUGCAUCAUGUGUGGGAAACAUUUUCCUCUGAUGUUAGGACGGAUGGUUCACAGAAGUGUCUGCACGGAAAAGAAUACCUUUUUGAGCAAAAUGUCUGGGAAAUGUUUAAACUGCAAGGAACGCUUUCUGAGCCAUCGAAGAGUUUACACAGGAGAAAAACUGCACAUAUGCCAGGAGUGUGGGAAAUGUUUUGCUUGGAAUUCACAACUUUUGCGUCAUAUGAGGAUCCACAACGGAGAGAAACCCUACAAAUGUCAGGAGUGUGGGAAAUCUUUUGCUCGGAAUUCAAAACAUGUUGUAAGUCAUAAGAAGGUUCACACAGGAGAGAAACCCUACAAAUGUCAGAAGUGUGGGAAAUGUUUUGCUUGGAAUUCACAACUUUUGCGUCAUAUGAGGAUCCACAACGGAGAGAAACCCUACAAAUGUCAGGAGUGUGGGAAAUCUUUUGCUCGGAAUUCAAACCUUCUAAGACAUACGCGAGUUCACACAGGGGAAAAACCCUACAAAUGUCAGGAGUGUGGGAAAUGUUUUGCUUGUAAUUCACAGCUUGUGAGUCAUAUGUGGGUUCACACAGGAGAGAAACCCUACAAAUGCCGGGAGUGUGGGAAAUGUUUCACUAUGAAUUCAAACCUUUUGAGUCAUAUUAGGAUCCACAAAGGAGAGAAACCCUACAAAUGCCAGGAGUGUGGGAAAUGUUUUGCUCAGAAUUCACAGCUUGUGAGUCAUACGCGAGUUCACACAGGAGAGAAACCCUACAAAUGCCAGGAGUGUGGGAAAUGCUUCACGUGGAAUUCAGCCCAUUUGCAUCAUAUGAGGAUCCACAAAGGAGAGAAACCCUAUAAAUGCCAGAAUUGUGGGAAAUCUUUUGCUCGGAAUUCACAGCUUGUGACUCAUAUGCGAGUUCACACAGGAGAGAAACCCUACAAAUGCCAGGAGUGUGGGAAAUGUUUUGCUGGGAAUUCACAGCUUGUGAGACAUAAGAGUGUCCACACAGGAGAGAAACCAUACAGAUGUCAGGAGUGUGGGAAAUGUUUUGCUCAGAAUUCACACCUUGUGCGUCAUAUGAGGAUCCAAAACUGAGAGAAACCCUACAAAUGCCAGGAGUGUGGGAAAUGUUUUGCUCAGAAUUCACAGCUUGUGAGUCAUACGCGAGUUCACACAGGAGAGAAACCCUACUGUAAUGAAGUUCUUCCUUAGCCGGGGAUGCACUGGUAGUAAAGGCAGGAAAAAGACAAAGAGGCUCUUCGGAAAUUCUAACAUUAACAUUUUUAUUGGUAACAGAACUCAACUCAGCAGUGUCAAAAGGGUCUUGCAAACCAUUCUCUGGCAACAACUUAUACUUUUUAGGGCGCACGUCUGGUGGCUUGUCCAUCUCUCCUAAAAGGGAGCCGGUCCGAACCGUUCUCGAUCUGUCAUGGGUCUGAGGGGGGCACUCCGUACUGCACACACCGUUCCACAGCACGGAUGCCUGGCCCAAUCUCCCUCUAGGGGUUUCUGUUGGGAAACAGGUCCAGGCCGGAUCACCCUCGUCCCACCAGGGUGAUUCCGAGGAUAGACCACUGCCAUCCAUUCUAGAGGAUUGUACCCCUUUCCUCUCCUGCUGGGUAUUAUCGGAUCUGGGAGCAAACCUCCUCCUAAGGAUAGGUUAGGAAAAUCCACGGUUAUACCCGUUGCGACGCCUGCUCUGAGCAUGGGCUCUGUCUGGAUCCCUCGGCUUAUCUUUCAAUCUGGAUCUUCAUCUGUCCAAAGUCUAAAAAUGCGCUCUCUCCUUUCCUCCUUUAUAUCCUCCCACACAAUGAGGUCUAGCUCCUCCCCUCCGUCGUCAGCCAGACAUACUUCUGCCGGUUUUUCUUCUACUACCAUUAGAGGUUACUAGGCGCUCCUCACUUGUGAGGCUGGGUCUGGAGGCUCUCCAUGUGUGGAUUGGGGCCAGGGAUGGUAUUGGGAUCUUGCUGGGUUACCGCGCUCCCAGCAACCCAGCCACCUCCCUACCGGAGCUGGUGGACUUUGUCUCCGCGGCACUGUUGGAGUCCCCGAGACUUUUGGUCCUGGUUGACUUUAACAUCCAUGCGGAGGCAGAGGUAGCCGGGCC